UGUGUUCCCAGGGCGGCCUGUCAUCAGGUCCGGCUCCUGGCUCCUGGCGUGCCCUGUCCUCCCUGCCUGGAACUCCUGGCAGCAGGAGUCAUGGGGUCGAUUCCCAGAAUCCCAGGGCCGGGGAGGCUGGGGCAGGGCCACGCGGUGGACAAACAGAUCAAAGGUGAGACACUGUGGGACUCCAGACCGAGCCUGGCCAGCUGGACGGGUGCACCAUGAGGCUGCUGAUCUUCCUGGGCCUGCUGUGGAGCUCAGCAGCCCCACCCUCAGGCCCUCAGUGGCCUGAGCCGGUGUUCGGGCGCCUGGCCUCUCCCGGCUUCCCCGGGGUGUAUGCCAACAACCAGCAGCAGCGCUGGACCCUGACUGCUCCCCCUGGCUACCGCCUGCGCCUCUACUUCACCCACUUCCACUUGGAGCUCUCCUACCUCUGCGAGUACGACUUUGUCAAGCUGAGCUCGGGACCCAAGGUGUUGGCCACACUGUGCGGGCUCGAGAGCACAGACACGGAGCGGGCGCCCGGCAACGACACCUUCCACUCGCUGGGCUCCAACCUGGAAGUCACCUUCCGCUCUGACUACUCUAAUGAGCAGCCAUUCACGGGCUUCGAGGCCUUCUACGCAGCAGAGGACAUCGAUGAGUGCCAGGUGCCCCCGGGAGAGGCGCCGCCCUGUGACCACCACUGCCACAACCACCUGGGCGGUUUCUACUGCUCCUGCCGCGCAGGCUUCGUUCUCCACCGGAACAAGCGCACCUGCUCAGCCCUGUGUUCAGGCCAGGUCUUCACCGACCGGUCCGGGGUGCUCAGCAGCCCUGAAUACCCGCAGCCGUACCCCAAACUCUCCAGUUGCAUCUACAGCAUCCUCCUGGAGGAGGGGUUCAGUGUCAUCCUGGACUUCGUGGAGUCCUUCGACGUGGAGACGCACCCUGAAACCCGGUGCCCCUACGACUCCCUCAAGAUUCAAACCGACAAAGAGGAGCACGGCCCAUUUUGUGGGCAGACGUUGCCCCCCAGGAUUGAAACGAAGAGCAAUUCAGUGACCGUCACCUUUGUCACCGAUCAGUCAGGGGACCACACAGGCUGGAAGAUCCUCUACACCAGCACAGCUCGGCCUUGCCCUGAUCCGACGGCACCACCUAAUGGCCACGUCUCACCUGUGCAAGCCACCUACGUCCUGAAAGACAGCUUCUCCAUCUUCUGCGAGACUGGCUACGAGCUUCUGCAAGGUUCUUUGCCCCUGAAAUCAUUUGCUGCGGUCUGUCAGAAAGACGGAUCCUGGGACCAGCCGACGCCGGAGUGCAGCAUUGUUGACUGUGGCCCUCCUGAUGACCUACCCAAUGGCCAAGUGGAGUACAUCACCGGUCCCGAAGUGACCACCUACAAAGCUGUGAUUCAGUAUCGCUGUAAUGAGACCUACUACACAAUGAGGGCAAACGACAGUAAAUAUGUGUGUGAGGCUGAUGGAUUCUGGACGAGCUCCAAAGGAGAAAAAUCACUCCCCGUCUGUGAGCCUGUUUGUGGAGUAUCAACCCAUACUACAAGAGGUCGUAUAUACGGAGGGCAAAAUGCAAAGCCUGGUGAUUUUCCUUGGCAAGUCCUGUUAUUAGGUGAAACGAUAGCAGCAGGGGCACUUUUGUACGACAACUGGAUCCUAACGGCUGCCCAUGCUGUGUAUGAGCAAAAAGAAGAUGCCUCCUCCCUAGACAUUAGAAUGGGUGCCCUGAAGAGACUGUCAACUCAUUAUACACAAGCGUGGGCGGAGGCCAUUUUCAUACAUGAAGGCUACACUCAUAACGCUGGUUUUGAUAACGAUAUAGCACUGAUUAAAUUGAAGAGCAAAGUUGUAAUCAAUAGCAACGUCAGGCCUGUUUGUUUGCCAAGAAAAGAAGCUGAAUCCUUCAUGAGGACAAAUGACAUUGGGACUGCAUCUGGAUGGGGAUUAACCCAAAGGGGUUUUCUUGCCAGAAGUCUAAUGUUUGUUGACAUACCAAUUGCUGACCAUCAAAAAUGCACCGCUGCUUAUGAAAAGAAGCCCUAUCCAGAGGGAAGGGUAACUGAUAACAUGCUUUGUGCUGGCCUAGAAAGUGGAGGUAAGGACAGCUGUAAAGGUGACAGUGGAGGGGCACUGGUGUUCCUAGACAAUGAGACCCAGAGGUGGUUUGUGGGAGGAAUAGUGUCCUGGGGUUCCCUUAGCUGUGGGGAGGCAGAUCAGUAUGGGGUCUACACAAACGUCAUUAACUAUAUUCCCUGGAUCAAGAACAUAAUGAAUACUUUUUAAUUAGUUUUCAAUCAGUAAAUGAUUCCUUAUUUUAAAAAA